AUGCUUGGAAUACUGGAGGGAGAAUGUCUCAAACUAUCAAAUGGAUGGGUGGACACAUACAAGGAACACAAUGGAAUUAGAGAGUACAAGCUGCAUGGGGAAGCAGCUUCUGUCUCAGCUCAGGCUGUAUCUGAAGCCCAGAACUGUCUUCAAGCUAAGCUAUCAAGCUAUGAACCUCAAGAUAUUUACAACUUUGAUGAGACAGGUCUUUACUAUUGCAUGCCACCUGAUUGUUUGCUUACUACAAAGCAGCUCUCUGGAGGCAAGGGAGAUAAAACUCGUAUCUCCCUUGGCUUCAUUGCUAAUGCUGAUGGAUCUGAUAUAAGGGGCCCAUUGUUUAUUGGGCAUGCUAGAAAACCACAAUGUUUUAAUAAGAAGGAGGGUUCAGUACUUGGAUUCGAAUAUUAUUGGAAUAAGAAGGCUUGGAUGACAGGUUCUAUAUUUCAAUUGUGA